UCCCAGAUCAUGUUUCCUUGUCUCAUUGACGUUGACACUUCAAUGUUCAACCACCCAUUGUUCGACUAAGCAUUCCAACAUUCUCUUCUAAUCGUACACAUACCUACUAAACACCGAAUAGCCUCAAGGAGCAAUUCCUGUUCAUUUCUUACUUGACUUAUAUCAAAAAGAGAGCCGGUCUCACUCACCUCAUCUUUAAUCCUCCUAAUAUCUCAUACCCCAAAAAACCAUCAACAACCUCAUCUUUAAAAACCCACGAUGCAUCUCCUCUCUCAUCUCGUUCUCUCCCUCAUCCUCCUCGCAACCUCAACAUCAGCCCUCCCAGCAACACCAGCAACACCCACCCCACAACCAACAUCAACAUCCUCACCAGACACACAACAACCUCCAAUCCAGCCCUUCCUCCCCACCACCGGCGCGGCCCUCCUCCCAACAGGCAUUUCCGCCUCUCCACGCCCGAACCCGAACCAGCCUCAGUCGCAAUCUCCAGCACCAUCACCAAUCUACACUACCCUCACCCCCAAAUUCCCACCCUCAAACUCCUCCACCUCCUUCCCAUCGGGGCACCACAACUCCACAUCGCCCUGCGCAUCAGGCCGACCCCUCCGCCUAGGCCCAGCCCGCCUCCACAAGAAACCACACAACCAAACCUCCUUACCGUCCCCUUCGCCGUCAACAAACACACCUCAAACAACCAUCCCCGCCGAAGCUACCGCAGCCGCAGCCAUCGCCGCACCGAACCUCGCCGAGAUGGGAUACUACCAGACAACAUACUACUCCUGCGCGACGCAAGGCACGUCGACUCACUGCGGCUGGCACAGACCCCUCAUGGUCGCGCCCGCCAAUAACGCUGGCACCGACGCCGGGAAACGCAAUGCAGGCAUCGGGGCACUGGCCGUCGCUAUCGUUGUCAGUGUAUUCGUGGCCAGAUGAGUCGGCGCUAUGGGAGCGGUAGAUGUAACCCACCUCACGGAUCGAUCUCUAUCUAACCGGCGAGAUCUUCACCUACACGCUGAAGCCGGCCGGCUACCGGCCAGGUUCUCGGGGGACUGGUGGCGUCCUGUCCCGCCCCCUGAACUUACUCGGAGAAAAUCCGACUAGCGCGCCUCACGGGGGCUAAGACUUCCACGAUACAAGCGGCAGGAGCCGUGGCUGAGGCGCCAGACAGAUGUCGGGCUGAGAUGCCAACGAUGGUAGUAGCCUCGUGCGGCUGGACACAAUGUCAAAGCGGG